ACAUCCCCAUCACAAAACGCCGCGCAAAUGGAAGCCCAAAAGUACCUCCAGAAAAAAUCUCAGCUUUCCUCCUCAUCGACGGCCCCCAAUUCCUCCUCUCUCCCCUCCACCACCACGCCCCGUCGAACGAUCUCCCAUCCCAUCCCCGAGUCCAACAAGCCUAGCCUCCUCGUCAAAGCCUCUCAGCUCAAGCGAUCUCCUGAAAUCAGCCCUACUGAACAAAAUCGUCCAACAAGAAAGGAAAUGAUCGAACAUCUCUCCGAUCGCAAAACCCUGUUGUCUGUCCGCGAGCUGCGAAGGGGAUCACCUUACACCGAUCCGAUUCCUACUGGCUGGAAACGGCCCGCCCUUCAAAUCCGCCGCCUCUCCGCUGGGCGGCGCGAUGCCAUUAGGAAACAGUACCAUAUUCUGACCGAAGGUGACGACAUACCUCCUCCAAUCAAGAAUUUCAAAGACAUGCGGUUCCCUGAUCCGAUACUUAGAAAGUUGAAGGAGAAGGGGAUCGUGCAGCCGACGCCAAUUCAAGUACAGGGCUUGCCUGUGAUUUUGUCGGGUCGAGAUAUGAUUGGGAUUGCGUUUACUGGGUCGGGAAAGACUUUGGUUUUCGUGUUGCCGCUGAUAAUGGUGGCGCUGCAGGAGGAGAUGAUGAUGCCGAUUGUGGCGGGCGAGGGGCCGUUUGGGUUGGUGGUGUGUCCGUCGAGGGAACUGGCGAGGCAGACUUAUGAGGUGGUAGAGCAGUUCUUGGCGCCGCUUAGGGAGAGUGGGUACCCGGAGAUAAGGCCGUUAUUGUGUAUUGGGGGAGUGGAUAUGAGGUCACAGUUGGAGGUUGUGAAGAGAGGAGUGCAUAUUGUGGUGGCUACGCCCGGGAGAUUGAAGGAUUUGCUUGCCAAGAAGAAGAUGAAUCUCGAUAAUUGUAGGUACUUGACAUUAGAUGAGGCUGAUCGACUGGUUGACUUGGGCUUUGAGGACGACAUUAGAGAGGUUUUUGACCAUUUUAAAGCUCAAAGACAAACUCUCCUUUUCUCUGCCACAAUGCCCAAAAAGAUCCAAAACUUUGCAAGAAGUGCCCUUGUAAAACCAGUAACUGUCAAUGUAGGAAGAGCUGGUGCAGCAAAUUUGGAUGUCAUACAAGAAGUCGAAUAUGUUAAGCAAGAGGCAAAAAUUGUCUAUCUGCUCGAGUGCCUACAGAAAACCCCACCACCAGUGCUGAUCUUCUGCGAAAACAAAGCAGAUGUGGAUGAUAUCCACGAAUACCUUCUUCUAAAGGGAGUUGAAGCUGUUGCUAUUCAUGGAGGAAAGGAUCAAGAGGAAAGAGAAUAUGCCAUUUCGUCCUUCAAAGCAGGACAGAAGGAUGUCCUGGUCGCCACUGAUGUUGCAUCAAAAGGACUCGACUUUCCUGACAUUCAACAUGUGAUUAAUUACGAUAUGCCCGCUGAGAUUGAAAACUAUGUGCAUCGUAUAGGUAGAACUGGAAGGUGUGGAAAGACCGGUAUAGCUACUACAUUCAUAAACAAGAACCAAAGCGAGACGACACUUCUUGAUUUGAAACACCUGCUUCAAGAAGCGAAACAGAGAAUACCGCCUGUUCUUGGUGAGCUAAAUGAUCCAAUGGAGGAUGGUGAUGCUAUAACGAGUGCGAGCGGAGUGAAGGGAUGUGCGUAUUGUGGUGGGCUUGGUCAUCGUAUAAAAGAUUGUCCAAAAUUGGAACAUCAGAAGACCAUGGCGAUUGCUGGGUCACGGAGAGACUAUUUUGGCUCUGGUGGAUAUCGUGGAGAGGUCUGAUAAAACUGUAGGAUGCGGGAGAAAACGUUUCAACUUUCAACCUUUCCUGUACGAUGCAGCAUGGUAUCACACUGGGCCAUAUGCUUUGUUAAUUGCGGCAUUUCAUCUAUAAAUGUUGAAAGUUAUAAUGAAAGCGGACUCACAUCAUCCGUAACAAGUGAGUUUCUUGUUAGGCUGAACUAUUGAAACGAAUGGUUAUGUGCUUGUACCUCUAAACUGCUUUCGCGUAAUUGUAUACUUGUAAUGCUACACGGAAUCAAGAAAUUAGUUUGUAUCAUGUAAUAAAGCGUCAAAUUUAGCUUUGUAGCAGUUUGCAUU